AUGAACGGAGCCGUUUCCGCCGCUCAGCGACACGCUGGGCAAGACGAGCACCAACCCCAGCGACGAACAUCCGCGUACGGAGGAGGCAGUCGAGUGGGCUUGGAGGAGACAUUCGCGGCGACGUCGAACGUGCCGUCUUUCGCGACGACGAAGAAAGACACGCCCCCGCUGAACAGCCCGACAAGCUUCGACAUAUCGAAGUCAGAGAAGACAGGCCGCCGUUCGAAACGCCGCUCUGUCCGCCGCGCCCUCUCCAAACUCCGCCGCCAAUGCAUACGGCACACAUGGCUCGGCCCGCUGAUCCUCAGCGUCUUCGUCAUCUCGCUAUAUCUCGUAUACCCGUAUCCCUCGAACCCAAUCGCCGCAUGUCUGUUCCUCUCAUACCCGCUCGAUAGCCAGGACCCUCUUAUUCCAGCAGACGUCCGCGCCGACCCGAACGGACCAGUCCACUAUGGCAAGGGAGCACGCGACUUUGCGUUUGUCGGGUUUUACAUCAUCGUCUUGAGCUUCACGCGCGAGUACUGCAUGCAGCGACUCAUCCGGCCGAUUGCGAUAUACUACGGCAUCAAGAGCCGCGCGAAGCAGUCGCGUUUCAUGGAGCAGGCAUAUACCGCGCUGUACUUUGGUCUCUACGGGCCCUUUGGGCUGUGGAUCAUGUCGCGCACGCCCGUGUGGUACUUCAACCCCAUCGGCAUGUACGAGGGCUUCCCGCACCGCACCAACGAGGGCGUCGUCAAGGCGUACUACCUGCUCCAAGCUAGCUACUGGGCGCAGCAGCUCAUCGUCUUGCUGCUGAUGCUGGAGAAGCCGCGCAAGGACUUUAGCCAGCUUGUUGCGCAUCACUUCAUUACAAUCAGCUUGAUUUGGCUGAGCUAUCGGUUUCACUUCACCUACAUGGGAAUCGCCGUGUAUAUCACACACGACAUUUCUGACUUUUUCUUGGCUACUUCCAAAUGCCUAAACUACAUCGACGCCCCCUUUGUCGGCCCCUACUUCUUCGUCUUCAUGUGCGUCUGGGCGUAUCUGCGCCACUACCUCAAUCUCAAAAUCAUCUGGUCGAUCCUCACCACCUUCAAAACCGUUGGCCCGUACGAACUCAACUGGGAAACGCAGCAAUACAAGUGCUGGCUGUCACAAAUCAUUACUCUCACCCUCAUGGCUAGUUUGCAAGCUAUCAACCUUUUCUGGUUCUUCUUGAUCUGCCGCAUCGCGGUGCGUUUUAUUCUGUACAAGACGGCGGACGACGAUCGCAGUGAGUACGAGCCGAGUGAGGAGGAGACGGAGGCACGGGAGAGGGAGUUGAAGGAGGAACUCAACGAUACGGCGAAUGCGGCGCAGGGUGUCUUGGCGGAGGCUACGGGUACGGAGAAGACGGAAUUGAAGAAGAGGAACGGCGCUGCGAAGUCGUAA